AUGAUUUCGGGUACAAUAGCGAACAUCAGUACCCUUCAAGGUGCGAGGGAUUCUUGGAAACUCUCUAAAGAUGGAAACCUUCAGGAGCUUCAUUCCACGAUCGACAGUAUCAUCCACGCGAAUCCGCGAUACGAGAACUACUCGAGCACGAUCGCCGCCUUCCUCAGAGAUGAAAAUGCACUGGACCGCCGGGAUUCCCUGUACAUCGUGCUGCCAAUCACAGUGAUCUACGUCGUGAUCUUCUUCACCGGCCUGAUCGGCAACAUCUCCACGUGCGUGGUGAUCGCGCGCAACAAGUCCAUGCACACCGCUACCAAUUAUUAUCUCUUUAGCCUCGCGGUGUCCGACCUGCUGCUACUCGUGUUCGGACUGCCGCCGGAGAUGUAUUACAUAUGGUCGCAUUUUCCGUAUAUCUUCGGCGAGGCAUUCUGUAUUAUUCAGAGUUUCGCCUCGGAAACCUCGGCUAAUGCCACCGUUCUCACUAUAACGGCCUUCACCAUCGAGAGGUACGUGGCGAUCUGUCAUCCCUUUAUUUCACAUACAAUGUCGAAACUAUCACGGGCGAUAAAGUUCGUGGUGGCGAUAUGGGUGUUGGCCCUUUUCCUCGCCGUGCCACAGGCUAUUCAAUUCGGUAUCGUCUACGUCGACCAUGCCGACAACGGCACCGCCCUUCUGGACAGUGCCAGGUGCUCACUACGGUGGACGCUGAUCGGGCACGCAUUUGAGAUCUCAACCAUCCUAUUCUUUGUGCUGCCGAUGACGAUCAUCACCGUGCUGUACGUGUUGAUCGCCAUUAAACUGCGACGCUCGAGCCUGCUAUCCACCACCGUCAGUAAAAGGCAUCAUGUUCACGGUGUAUUGAAUCACGUGGACAGCAGCAGAGGGAAGACAAACGCUCAAAGGAACGUUAUUCGCAUGCUCGUUGCGGUGGUGGUGGCCUUUUUCAUCUGCUGGGCGCCGUUUCACGCUCAAAGGCUGCUGGCUGUGUACGCUCAAAGUAGCUCGUCCGAACCGGAAGAUACCAUGAUCAUAGUCUACACCACGCUCACGUACGUGUCGGGAGUGUUCUACUAUUUAUCUACCACAGUGAAUCCUCUCCUAUACAAUAUCAUGUCUAACAAGUUCAGAGAGGCUUUCAAGUCGAUGCUGCCCAAAUAUUGCAUCAAAAAGUUCUCGUCUCACAAGGUCAUCCGUCGACAGCCGACUUAUAGCAGUUUGUCGCGGUAUCAGAAGUCAAUAAGGCAUCGAUUCGACGAUGCUCAACACUCGCCCUCGAUAUCCGUCAGCGACGAACAGCAACGACUAACGCAUAUCGCACUGGCGAACACGAAUUUCUGCGAGCCAAAUGGACUCGUGAAGUCGCAGAACGAGCGAAAGGAACAGUCUGCGAUUAAAGAAACCGUAGGCUGCCGAGAUUAUACCAGAACAGUGUCCAGGGACUCCGACUGCAGUCAACUUACCACGAUGACAACGUUAAGCAAGCAGGGUCUGAACAAUGAGGGCAAUAAUAACACGAACGAGUGUCUAUUGAGGAUCCACAGAUCGCCGAAAGCUGUCACUUUAGCAGGAAUCCUCACAGAGAGAUUGGGUCUUGGUACAAAAGGAUUUUUCGCGCAGCACCGGAAGAAUUUGCCAGCCAGUCCGAUGAAACCAAAAUUGGAAAACAUCAUUGCGAUGAGACCACGAUUUCAGAGUCAUCCGAGCACUGAGAGCGCCACGAUUAGCAACUCUAGUCUUCAGGACUUCGACGAGACCGAGUUCACCGGAACGGAGUCGUCGCCUUACAUGGGCGAGUUAAACUUCGAACUCGUCACUUGACGUCCAUUUAUCUCGGCAGAACGCCGUCUCUCGAAUUAGACGCCGAGCUCAAAGCAAAUAACGCUCUUUGGUUGUGGAAAAUCGCAGAUUUGUCUUCUAAUCCAAGAGAAGGCCACAAUCUAGGCAAGUCUCGUUGCAACACAGAUUUAGCUGCGUUUUAAACGAUGCACAGUUGUAUUAUCGAGAUGAAUCAGAGGAACUUACAUCGAAGAUAAGAGAGUAUCACGAAGAAUUAUUGUAAAAGAAAAAAAAGGGAUCCAAUCAUUGCGAUCACAUAAAAAUAUGUAAAAUAUGUGAAAAUUAACGAUAUUAAAAUCAUCGCUUGUGAUUUGUAGCUUCACGCAAAGAGCCGAGCCAGAAAUUAGAACAGAUACAGGAUAUAAAGCAUGUGUGGA